UUGUAGUUUGCUUGCUCUUGCUAGCAGGAAUUAAUGGUAUUGAGUCAUCCCUUGUGGUUUUCAUCAACUCUUAAACAGCCAGUUUCAAUAGCGCUGGAUAACUGGGAUGUAUCCCAAAAACCAGAUCAGGAAGAUAAAGGAUCCUGGACUGUCAAUUGCAAUGAUUUCUGGAACACAAAUAUUUCAGCGGGAGCCAGGUGUGAAGUUGAGAAAAGGCAUGGACACCCAGAACUGCACUGUAACAGUCAACCAGGUUCCUCUUGUAGUUCACCCACUGGCCAACAACCUGACCAUCGCCUGUAGUUUCACCGCUCUCCACUGUACGGGCUCCCCUGAGGUCAUGUGGUUCCACAUCCGUGGCAACAGGUCAAGGAGCCUGUGCCCGAGAGCCUGCGGGAACGUGGGGACCCCCGGUAAGUUUCACCUGGAGGGCCCGAUUCACACUGGCAACGCAAACCUGGCCAUCCAGCAGGUGUCGCAGGAGGACAACGGCGUCUACUACUGCGGCGUGGCGUUCCGUGCAUCCCGCUCGCACAAGUCCAGGCAAAUGGGGAGCGGCACGACACUGAGGGUCGGAGGUGACAGGAGGUUGAAUCUGUGGCUUCAGUCAGCACUGCUCACCAUCCUGUCCCUCUAUGCCCUCUGCAUCACCAUCAACCUCGCGCAAACCAUCAGGUCGACGACGAGGGUCGACCUGCUCCAUCGAAACCCCAGCAGCAUCCCAGACGAGGAACAGAAGAGCCGUGCUCUGCAGGCCCUCUCCCGCGAGCUCAACUGCAAGUUCCGCAAGGGCAACCGGACCACCUGCUCCAGGCCACCACAGAGCAGCGGCGCUGCAGGUGACGACUCCAUCUAUCAAAACGUGUGAAGCUCUGUCCAAUGGACAACCAGGAGACGACCGGACCAGUCAAGGAAGGGCCAGACGGGCUGGAGGUCAGUGACUUCUCCGCCUCCCCCUCCGCCGAGGACUCCUGGGAAGUCAUGGCGUUGCCUCGGGCAACCACCAGCUGAACGUGGGCCUGUACCUGAGGGCCAUUAAAUGUGACAGCUGCCCCCCCCCCCCCACAAAAAAAGGUUGAAGGUCAGAACAGUCGAUGGUAGACCCUGACGUCUGUUUCCGCAGUUACCUGCCCACAGGUAGGAGGGGCAGUACAUCAGGUCCCACGGGAAGCCUCAUGUACCACCACAACAUCACCCAAGGCAUAGCUGCCCACUCAUAGAACACUACAGCACAGUACUGGCCCUUCGGCCCACAAUGUUGUCCGACAUUUUAUCCUGCUCUAAGAUCUAUCUAACCCUUCUCUCCCACAUAGCCCUCCAUUUCUCUAUCAUUCAUGUGUCUAUCUAAGAGUCUCUUAAAUGUCCCUAAUGUAUCUGCCCCCACAACCUCUGCCGGCAGUGCGUUCCACGCCCCCACCACUCUCUGUGUAAAAAAACUUACCCCUGACAUCCCCCUUAUACCUUCCUCCAACCACUUUAAAAUUAUGUCCCCUCAUGUUAACCAUUUUUGCCCUGGGAGAAAGUCUCUGACUGUCCACUCGAUCUAUGCCUCUUAUCAUCUUGUACACCUCUAUCAAGUCACCUCUCAUCCUCCUCCUCUCCAAGGAGAAAAGCCCCAGCUCACUCAACCUAUCCUCAUAAGACAUGCUCUCCAAUUCAGGCAGCAUCCUGGUAAAUCUCCUCUGCGCCCUCUCUAAAGCUUCCUAUAAUGAGGCGACCAGAACUGGACACAAUACUCCAAGUGUGGUCUAACCAGAGUUCUAUAGAGCUGCAACGUCACCUCGCGGCUCUUGAACUCAAUCCCCCGACUAAUGAAGGCCAACACUCCAUAUGGUUUCUUAACCACCCUAUCGACCUGCGUGGCAACCUUGAGGGAUCUAUGGACGUGAACCCCAAGAUCUCUCUGUUCCUCCACACUGCUAAGAGUCCUGCCAUUAACCUUGUAUUCUGCCUUCAAAUUCGAUCUCCUGAAGUGUAUCACUUCAAUUAGCUCCCCCCACCCACCAGCCUGAUGAAACACUCCCUCCCACCCUCACAUGCUAGACCGAAGGCACCUCCCAAACCCACCACCUCGGAGACCACAAAUCAGACAUAUGGGAACACCACCAGUUGCAGAUUCCCCUCCAGGUCACAAACCAUCCUGACCUGGGACUACACCCUCGCUGGGUCCCAAGUCCCGAGAGCCCCUCCCCUUCACCACCACGGGAGCCCCUUCACCAGAAGGAUGGCAGUGGCACACCCCCCCCCCCCCCCCCACCUUCGAGGGGGCAGCUAACAACAGGGAGCGUCUGUACAACGAUAGCCAAUGCUUCGAGAGACAUUCAGCAACAGCGGCCAUCUCCUGACCACACCCCGCCAUGGCCCAUGGGCAGAUGACAUCACUUCUUGCUUCCCCGGUGGAUAAUUGGGGCGGGUCUUCGCUGGACGCCGAUCCGCAGCUAGAUUCGUCGCCAGCGCAGCCCAGGGAAUACCGACACGGAGGGAGAGACACCCCGGAUCACGCUCACCAAACAGCUGGCGAGGCCCCAGCUGCCAAGGAUGCCACUGGCACUGAACAUCCGUCAAUGGCUUAGCAAUUGCCCCAGAACCGGAAAAAAAUUGUGCAAAAGAUCAAGCUUAUUAAAAUAAUUAAAGAUUAACAUAAAAAAACC